AUGGUUCUAAGGACCUACUUUCUUGCUCGUCUUUCUAGACUAUCAAGGGACAUGAGAAAUGGCACAACAAUCACAGAGUUCAUCCUGCUAGGCUUUCCUGAUAUCCAAGGACUACAAAUCCCUCUCUUUAUAGUGAUCUUUUUCAUCUACAUAUUAACCCUUGUGGGCAAUGGGGUCAUAAUUGUCAUUGUGUGGGCAGAGCCCAGGCUACAAAUACCAAUGUACUUCUUCCUUUGCAACUUGUCCUUCCUAGAGACGUGGUACACCACCACAGUCAUCCCCAAACUGUUGGAGACUUUUGUGGUGGCAAGAGCAACCAUUUCCAUCCCCUGCUGUCUACUGCAGUCCUUCUUCCACUUUUUCCUGGGUACCACUGAGUUCUUUAUCCUCACCAUCAUGUCUUUUGACCGUUACCUGGCCAUCUGCAAGCCCCUUCGCUACCCCACCAUUAUGACCAGUAACCUCUGCCUGCAACUUGCCCUCAGCUCCUGGAUGGUCGGCUUUACCAUUGUCUUUUGUCAGAUGCUUCUGCUCAUCCAGUUGCCAUUCUGUGGCAACAAUGUCAUCAAUCAUUUCUACUGUGAUGUUGGUCCCAUUUUGAAAGCAGCCUGCGUAGACACAAGCAUUCUGGAGCUCCUGGGUCUUUUGGCGACCAUCCUGGUGAUCCCAGGGUCACUCCUCUUCACAGUAAUUUCUUAUAUCUAUAUCCUGUCCACCAUCCUACAGAUCCCUUCAGCCACUGGCAGACAAAAGACUUUCUCUACCUGUGCCUCUCACCUGACGGUAGUCUCCCUGCUGUAUGGUGCUGUCUUGUUCAUGUACCUGAGACCCACAACACACUCUUCCUUUAAGAUUAAUAAGGUGGUGUCAGUGCUAAAUACUAUACUCACACCCCUUCUGAAUCCCUUCAUUUACACAAUUAGAAACAAGGAGGUUAAAGCAGCCCUAAGGAAGACAAUGACUUGUCCAAAGACUCAUCAUCCAGAGUAA